UAUCCGUACGAUUUUUAGAAAAGAGUACUGUACGAAAAAUUUUCAAAUAAACCUAACCUUACUUUAAAACCACAUUAUUUUGUUGUCAUUCUUCAAGUAAACGAUGUCAGCAAUAGAAGUAAUAACAGAAGACUUGAAAACCCAUCCAGAAUGUCCACAUGGACCUACAAUUUUAUUUUCUAAAUUUGUUGAUGGUGAAAAGAAGAACUUUUUUGCUUGUUCGGCUUGCAGAGAUAGAAAACAUUGCUCAUUUUUCGUGUAUCAAAACGAUGUAGAUAAAAUUAGUGAUAUUAAAAAAGAAGUGUGGGAACAGGAGAGGAAGAAAUUUUUGAAAAAUAUUAACCACAGGAAAUUGUAUGAGAAAUUUACUCAAGUGCAAACUGUACAAAGAAACAAAAGUAUAUAUUGCCACACUUGCAAUAUUUUUGAUUUUUCUGCUGGUAAACAUAUGGGACACAAUUUUAUAACAAAUUUAACAGACUAUCAAUUAACACAUCCUUCAGAAAUUUUACCACCUUUAGAUGAUGCCAAAAAAGAGGCGCAGUUUCUCUUUGCUCAAUCCUCUGUGGAAAUACUUGUUGAUAUUUUACAGAAAUUAAACUACAAAAAUGUUUUGUGUAUUGGAACCCCCAGAAUACAUGAAUACAUCCAGUCAAACUGGAAAAAUAUGGACAGUCUGGAUAGUUUACUUCUGGAUAUUGAUGACAGAUAUCAUAACUUUUAUAGCACUUUAAAAUUUUGCUGGUACAAUUCAUUCAACCAUCAUUUCUUUUUUAAGGAAGCACGAAGUGUAUAUAAUGAAUUUAUGCAAAGAGACAAUGUAGUAUUGAUUACAGAUCCCCCAUUUGGUGGGAGGAUUGAACCUUUGGCACAAACUUUUACAACCAUUAGGAAACAAUGGAAGAAAGGUGAUUUGUCUAUGUUUUGGAUAUUUCCAUAUUUUAUGGAGCCUCAAAUUAAAAAUAGUUUGCCAAACUUCAGUAUGUUGGACUACAAAGUUGAGUAUGACAAUCACCCAUUGUUUCAAAGUGGUCCUAAGGGAAGGAAAUAUGGUUCACCUGUUCGAAUUUUCACCAAUGUUAGUCCUAAAUUAAUUGUGUUACCAAAGGAUAACUAUAAUUAUUGUGAAGAUUGUGAAAGAUGGGUUUCAGUUGAAAACAAACAUUGCAAAUUAUGUAACAGCUGUACAAGUAAAGAUGGGAGAACCUAUCUGCACUGUAAUAUAUGUAAUAAAUGUGUUAAACCUUCUUGGAAACAUUGCACAAAAUGUAACAGAUGUGCAAUUCCUGAUCACAAAUGUGGGGAAAUUUUAUUUAUGAAGGAAUGUUUUAAUUGUAAAAAACCAGGCCACAAAAAAAGGGAUUGUCCUAGUAUUGACAGAGAAGAAUUGAAUAACAAAAGGAAAAAAGGAUUAAAAUUUAAAAGAUGUAAUAAAAUAAGGAAAAUUGAAUAGAUUUAAAUGAGUGUUUUAUUAAAUAAUUAUAAUAAAAUACAA